AUGAAGGAAGAAGAAACUGUCAAGCAGUAUUUAGAUAGGAUUAUAGUUGUGGUAAAUAACAUAAGGCUCCUUGGAGAGCAGUUCAGUGAAACAAAAAUAGUGGAGAAGGUGAUCUCAAUCUUACUUGAGAGGUAUGAGGCAAAAAUAUCUUCUCUCAAUGACUCAAGGGACCUGACCAACAUCUCAUUGACAGAGUUGACCAAUGAUCUUUAUGCACAAGAGCAAAGAAGAGCCAGCAGACUGGAGGAGCACCAAGAAGGUGUCUUCCAAGCCAAAACUAAACCUGCCUCGAGCACCUUUGCUACAAAGGCAAAAAAACUUGGAGAGAUAAGCCUAAGUCAGAUGUUGCAAGAAGUAGGGAUUAACCCUGCAGGCAUUGCAAAAGGCCUGGUCAUCCAGAAGCCAAUUGUUUACAAAAUCAAAGGCAGACCAAGGCAGAAUCAACCACAACAGCCAAAAGCUGAAGCUCGAGUAGCAGAAGAAGGCAGUGAACAUGAAGAGCAAGUUUUUUUAGUUUCAUGCUCAGCUGCUAAAGAAAAGGCCACAGAGGGGUGGCUCAUAGACAGUGGUUGCACCAACCAUAUGACACCAAAUGCUGCCAUCUUCAAGUCAAUUGAUAGAAGCUUCAAAACAAAGGUAAAAGUAGGUAAUGGCCACUUCAUCAAGGCAGAAGGCAAAGGGGAUGUGCUAAUAAGCACUCCCACAGAAAUCUGCUCAGAAAUAGCUCAGUUGCUAGAAAAAGGCUAUUCUGUUGUGUUCAAAGGCAAAGAGUACCAAAUUAGUGAUCCAAGUGGAUCCAGGCUCAUAUCAGUCACUAUGGCUGAUAAAAGUUUUGUUAUUGACUGGAUAAAUGACUCAGACUCAGCCUACAUAGCCUCAUUAAAUGAAUCCAAGCUUUGGCACCAAAGGCUUGGUCAUGCCAACUACAGAUUGAUGGACCAGCUAACCAAAGAAGAUCUGGUUGAGAACUUCACCAACUCAGUUGAAAAGGAGGAAGUUUGUGAGUUAUGUCAGCUAGGACAGCAAGCGAGGCUGCCAUUUCCUUCAAAUAAGGCUUGGAGAGCCUCAGAAAAGCUGUAG